AUGUCGGGUUCGCAAGGCCAGCAGAUUGAUGCUGGAGCUAUCCAAUCGUUUCAGGACCAGCGCAAAGUCAUGCGCACAGGGGGCUACGACGCAGUUCAGCACGUAUACUGGCAGCAUCGGACUUCGCAGAAGCGCGGCCCGCCAACACCGGGAGAGUCUUCGCUUGCGACCACACCGCAAGACGAGCCAGCGGCAGCAGCUUCGAGCCAGCAGUCCCAGGAACCCACCCUGAUCCAGCCGCUCGCCUUCGACGACGCCACUGCCGUUUCCCUCACAGCCAGCAACGUCGGUGUGGAUAUCAACAAGCCCGGCAACGUGGAGCAGUGGUUGCAAACCAAGGUGACCACAACGCAGGAUGUGGUUAGACUCAUCCGAGGCUACCACAAGGGCGUCAUCAGGCCGGAGCUGUUCAACAUGGCCUUGCAGCUGGAGACCGCCAUUAAGACGAUCGACGACAGGGUCUUCCAGUGCAAGAAGGAGCUCAGUUGGAUGGCGUCAGAGAACAGGGCCCAGCAACGACAUGCAUGCGGGCUACAAGUCAUCCUUUCAGGAUGGCCCGCCGGACUCAAGCCGGAGAUGCGCUUGUUCCAGAUCGGGUGGAUGCUGAUGCAGGUCCCGGAGAUCAAGAACUUCCUCAGCAUCAGGGGUCACAUCAACGACCACACCGCCAGAGAGUGGGGGAGGUACUUCAACGUCCUGACCGCCGACCCAGUGACCAUACCGCAGGGUCAAUUCUGGAGCACCAUCACCAUGAUCGCUUUCCGCUCCUGGUCGGAGCGGCAGGCGUUCAUGAGCAAGUUCGCCGGCGGCUCCGGGACGCCCCUCUACACCGACGAGAACACACCGCAGCAUGGGAAGCACGUGAAGGUUUCCCCGUGCAGCCCACAGUGGCAGAGGAAGCUGGAGUCUCCGUUGAGAGUGGUGCUAGCCUGUAUCAACGCGCACCCCGACUACAACGCCCCCACGCUGGUGAUCCUAUGGAAAACCCUCACGCUCAUGGCGCCGUCCGAGUCCAAGGAGUUCCAGGAGGAUAAGAUCGCGUGGGCCAGGCUCUUCUACGCGGUGGAGAACGACGAGUUCAAAGGGCGCUUGGAGAUCCACCCCGACCUCAACCGGCUUCUGAGGAGCAAUGGAACCGAAUCCAAGACGGACCACAACGCGAACUCGGCCGCUGAAACGGAGCUGUACGGGCAGGCGAAGAAGGAGGCGAUGGGUUCCGGGAAAGGAAUUCAAAAGGGAAAGCCGUCCCGCCACUGGAGUACCAUCCUCACCUACCACAACGCCAAGGAGCCGUUCCCGUUCGAGUUGGACAUCGUCCUCUGCGACCACAUCGCCUUUUGUUGGGACGAAUAUUGUGAAAAAGCUGGCGCCCCGGGCGAGAAGGUGGGCAACCUGAAGGCCUGUACAUACCAGGGUAAGCCAGAGGUGCCGUCGGCGGCCAUGGACCGCACCGCCAUGACGCCAGGAUUUUCCGCAGACCCGGCGCAACUCCCGGUCUCAGCAAAGCUUUCCACCGCCGCCCCAGCUUCCAAAGCCGCAGUGUUUUCGGCGAAGGGAGGCAGGGGUAAGCAGGCCUGA